GGAGGAAAGAAACCUAAUAUUCUUUCUUUCCCGGCGAUAAUGGCGUCGUCGUCGGAGAAAAGGUGCCUAUACGAGGUUCUCGGCGUGAGCCGUGACUGCACGGCCGAUGAGAUCAGGUCCGCUUACAGAAAGCUAGCGCUGCAACGCCACCCUGACAAGCUUGUUCGAUCUGGCGUGCCGGAAUCCGAAGCAACAGCUUCUUUUCAGGAGCUUGUGAAUGCUUACGAGGUUCUAUCGGACGCACGGGAGCGCGCUUGGUACGAUUCGCACCGUUCUCAGAUACUUUUCUCCAAUUCCGGUCCAGGGAAUUCGUCUAACUCUGGUUCUGUCCCCGACCUGUUCUCCUUCUUUUCAAAUUCAGUGUAUUCUGGAUAUUCAGAUAAAGGGAAGGGAUUUUACAAGGUGUAUGGUGAUCUCUUCGAGAAAAUCUACCAACACGAUUUAAAUUUCGCGAGGAAGUUAGGUACAGAUUUGCCAAAAGAAGCUCCUCUCAUGGGAAAUUUGGAGAGUCCUUAUGCUCAGGUGACUGCAUUCUAUAGCUAUUGGCUAGGAUUCGUUACUGUGAUGGACUAUUGUUGGGCAGAUCAGUAUGACGUGAUGGCAGGACCUAAUAGAAAGUCCAGGCGGGUGAUGGAGGAUGAGAACAAGAAGCUGAGGAAAAAGGCGCGAAGGGAAUACAAUGAGACUGUUAGAGGAUUAGCAGAGUUUGUGAAAAAGAGAGAUAAGAGAGUGAUUGACAUGCAGAUGAAGAGGAACGAGGAAAUGGAGAAGAAAAAGGAAGAGGAACGCAAGAGAAGGAAGGAGCUGGAGAGAGAGAAGGCUGAGAGAGCAAGAAAUUACGUAGAGCCUGAGUGGACGAAAGCAGAGGAGUUAGAAGAUGAUGGAAUUGAGGAGGAAUCGGACGAGGACGAGAAAAAGAAGGCAGAUGAGAAUGAAUUGUACUGUGUGGUGUGUUCGAAGAAGUUCAAGAGCGAGAAACAGUGGAAAAAUCACGAGCAGUCCAAAAAGCAUAAGGAGAAGGUGUCAGCUUUGAGAGAAGCUUUUGACGAGGAAGAUGAUGAAUAUGAUGGGGUGGUGGAGGAUGAUGAAAGUGAGGAGCAAAAUGUAGCUGAUGCUGAUAGAACAACUGAUUUAUCUGCUGAUGAUGGUGUGGAUGAGUUAGCAGAGCAUUUAAAAGGUAGUACACGAAUUCAAGAAGAUGAGCUCGAGGAUGAUGAGGUUCAGAGCAGCGAUGAAGAUGAGAGCACUAAUUAUCAAACUGGCAGUAAUUUAAAGGGAGUGACUGAUGAACUUGUAUUAGAUGAUGAUGAAGCUAGUGUACUUGAAGCUAUGAUAUCUGGCCGCAAAAGUAGGAAGAAUGCAGUUCCAGGCCGUAGUCGUCAAACUUCAGCAAAAAAUGAAACCAGUAAUGAUGAAAUGGACUUCAUGGAAUAUAAUAAUCUUAGAAGUAAUAGGAGAAAUAGGGGUGGCAGGAAACAAAGAAACAGGAGACCACAAGAAGAAGAAGAAUCAGGAGGAGGAGGAGAUGUAGGAUCUCAUGUGACUGAAGUUGAUACUGGAGUCAAGGUAAAUAGUGCAAAAAAUGAUAGCUCAGCUUGCCAGGGGCUGUCAUCCCAGUCUUCAGCAGAAACUGCAAAUGAUCACAAAGGAGAUGAUGUUUCAGGAAACAGUGAAAAAGUUCCAAGUCAAGAUACAAACAAGAAAACUACCACAAAGAAAGACAAAAACAACAAAUCAAAAGAUACAACCAAAGAUGCAACCAAAGGAAGGAAACAAAAGGGAAAAUCGAAAUCUUCUAGCAACUUGUGUGAUACAUGUGGGGAGGAAUUCGAUUCAAGGAAUCAAUUACACAAGCAUCUAGGAUCAACAGGGCAUGCUAAACUAAAAUCGCGGUGAUGUUGUUCAAGCGGAUUGCUGGAUGGUUGGGGUGGAUUAUUUGUUCCUUAUUCUUUAUGGUUUAUAGAUCAUUUUGUACUAUUUAGAAUCAUCAUUUUAUACCAUAUUCAAAUGAGUUGGAAAAACCGAAGAAUUUUGUAUCUUGACAGUAGAUUACACUUAAUUGAUGGGUCUAAAUACCUGGGCUCAAAAUUUUUCCUUUGUCCUUCGAUUCAACUGUAUGCUCAAAAUUCUUGAUUUGAACCAAUAGACAAGAAUUCAUAUUCAA